AAUGUGGAAAUUGCCGUGGAUGUGGUUGCUGCUGCUGCUCUGGGAAAAUGCCUUGGGAGGAAAUUAACACCAUUCAGUGAUGGGCUGUGGGACAAGCAAAGUGCUUCCUGAGCCCCCCCGAGAUGUGCAGUUAGAUCUGGUGAAAAAAGUUGAACCUUACACAGGCCACAAUGAGAUAUACAAGCAUUUCAUCAAGGAUGACUGCGGGAUCAAAGCUGGCUCUCCCUCACCUCCACAGCACGCUAACCCAUACCCUGGGAACCACUUGCCUGCCCACUUGGACCAGCCUGAGCCCCACAAGAACAAAGUGGCUAAAUACCGCGCCAAGUUUGACCCCAGAGUGACAGCAAAGUAUGACAUUAAGGCUCUGAUUGGGAGAGGGAGUUUUAGCCGCGUUGUACGGGUGGAACACAAGGCCACCAAACAACCCUAUGCCAUCAAGAUGAUAGAGACCAAAUACCGUGAGGGGAGGGAGGUGUGUGAGUCGGAGCUUAGUGUGCUACGCCGGGUUCGCCACACCAACAUCAUCCAGCUGAUUGAGGUGUUUGAGACCCAGGACCGUGUGUACAUGGUAAUGGAAUUGGCAACUGGAGGAGAGCUGUUUGAUCGAAUCAUUGCUAAGGGCUCCUUCACUGAGAGAGAUGCUACACGUGUGCUGCAGAUGGUGUUGGAUGGUGUGAAGUAUCUGCAUACACUGGGUAUCACGCACCGGGACUUAAAGCCAGAGAAUCUGCUGUACUACCAUCCAGGAACAGAUUCCAAAAUCAUGAUUACGGACUUUGGGCUGGCGAGUGCUCGGAAGAAGGGAGAUGACUGCCUGAUGAAAACCACAUGUGGGACCCCGGAGUACAUUGCUCCCGAGAUCCUGGUCAGGAAGCCAUACACAAACUCUGUGGACAUGUGGGCACUGGGUGUCAUCUCUUACAUUCUCCUCAGUGGCACUAUGCCCUUUGAAGAUGACAACCGCACCCGCUUGUAUCGGCAGAUCCUGAAAGGAAAAUACAGUUACUCAGGCGAGCCCUGGCCCAGUGUCUCCAACCUGGCCAAGGAUUUCAUUGAUCGUCUACUCACGGUGGACCCUAGUGAGAGGAUGACAGCCCUUCAGGCACUGAAGCACCCAUGGGUGGUCAGCAUGGCAGCCUCGUCCUCCAUGAAGAACCUACACCGUUCCAUCUCACAGAACCUUCUCAAGAGGGCGUCUUCCCGCUGCCAGAGCACCAAGUCUGCCCAGUCCACCCGCUCCAGCCGCUCCACCAAAUCCAACAAGUCACGGAGGGUUCGAGAACGGGAGCUGCGUGAGCUCAACCUGCGCUACCAGCAGCAGUACACUGGCUGA